AUGCCGCUGCCCACCUCUGUAUUCGAAGUCCUUGAUGGUGCUCUCCAUUUAUUUAAAACUACCAAGCCCCUGAUUCCAACAUACAUUCACCUAGUGAUCUCUGCUCUGUUCUGCAUCUAUAUCGGUGCCCAUGCCUCCCUAUCAAGACCGUCGUCUGCAGCCAAGCCAGCUGAAAAGGAACACAAGGGCGAAGAAAGUGAAGAUAAUGAGGAUAGCGAUGAUGAGCAAGGCAUGAUUCAGAAAAUGGAGGGUCUGGAACCUUCGGAUGCGAUCAUGUUUCCUAUACUCUCUGCCCUAACCCUAGGAGGCCUAUAUUUCCUUCUCAAGCAUUUCGACCCAGCAAUAUUGAACAAGGUUAUUAAUUGGUAUUUUUCGCAUGCCGGCCUUGUCUUCGCAACCGCAUUUGUUAAGGAUGGUCUUGCCGUACUCAAAUCCCUGGUUUUCCCUAGACAUUACUCAUCUGCGGGCUCCUUGUGGAAAGUUGGCCAGGAAAAGCGUGUGUUCACGGAGGUUAGUGGCGCAGUAGAGGGUGCUACGGGUCCUAGAACGCGCACUUCCCCCCUUCCUGGGAUAUUCAGCACCAUUCAUCUCCCACAGUCAGUUAGUUCAGGGCUUUGGCACAUUCGUGGAGCUGUGUAUGGAAAAGCGUUACUUCGCGGUCGUAUCGGUUCUCUUCUCGAUAUAAAAGCUCGCUUUACAAUCCUUGACGCCUUGAGCAUUAUUAUUGCUCUCAGUGCAACUGGAUACUCCGUGUUUGUGGGCAGGCCAUGGUGGCUUAUUAAUUUUCUAGGCUUUUCCUUUUCAUAUGGUGCUCUUCAAUUCUUAUCACCAACCACCUUCUCGACCGGAAGUCUGUUAUUAGGGGCUCUCUUCUUUUACGAUAUUUAUUUCGUUUUCUAUACCCCCAUGAUGGUCACGGUUGCAAAGAAGCUGGAUGUACCGGUCAAACUUCUGUUUCCCCGGCCUCCAUCGCCAAAAGAUGACCCAAACCUGGCGUCCCUGGCUAUGCUUGGCUUGGGUGACAUUGUCGUCCCUGGAACGAUAAUUGGCCUAGCUUUGCGAUUCGAUCUCUAUCUGCAUUAUCUUCGACAAUCUUUACCCCAGAAAGAGAAUGAAAUUGAUAUUGACCGGAGACCCAGAUAUCUCAGCGCAACUGGAGGAUGGGGAGAGCGCCUUUGGACUAAGUCCAACUCGUCUUUAAAGCUCCCUGUAAAGGAAACUUCGUUCCAUAAAGCAAAGUCAUUUCGCAAAACGUACUUCAAUGCUGGAAUGACCGGCUACCUUCUCGGAAUGCUUGCCACUCUGAUCGCGAUGCAGAUUUCCAAUCAACCUCAACCGGCAUUGUUAUAUCUCGUUCCUGGCGUACUUUCUGCAAUUUGGACAGCUGCACUCAUAAAUGGGGAUAUAUCAGCCAUGUGUAACUUUUCCGAUGGGGUGACUGAUGAGGAUGAUGAAGCAGCAGAGGUUGCCCAGAACACUGACAAGGAAAAGACCUUGCAGGAGCAAGAACAAGGGACAUGGGUCGAGUAUUUAAGAAAUCUUAUAUUUGGCAGCCCUGAGCCGGUUUCAGCGCGAGGUAAAGGGAACCGAACCGGAAACAAACUGGCCGAUGAUGAGAACGAAUCAGUAAAUAAAAAGGACCGAAAAACGAAAGAGUUAAAAUCCCGGGAGCUUGUUUACUUUUCCAUUUCCUUACCUCCUAAAAGGGGCAAUAAGGGUUCAUCACCUUCGUUCAAGGCCGAAUUCGAGACAGGAUCCGAGUCUCUCGUUUCGAUACCAGAUAGCGGCUUAAGCUCACCUGUUAUUGUUGAGGAUGUGGAAGAGAACCCUGUUAAAAAAAGGAGAACUCGAUGA